AUGGAAGCCCCUCUGAUAGCUGUAGUCACAGGAGCUAACCGUGGCAUCGGCCGUGCCAUAUGUGCUGCGCUGGUUCAGCAGCUUCCAGGUCCCCUAGUUUUGUACGCAGCCUCGCGUGCCGGGGCUUCUCCCGAUCUGACCAACCUGACCAUUCCUCCAACUGUCUCAAUUCGCCCUGUCCAGCUCUCCCUAACGGACCAGGCAAGUAUCUCAGCACUCAGUGCGAGGAUUAAAAAUGAAAACAAGGGCUGUGAUGUACUCAUUAAUAAUGCCGGGAUAUAUUUUUUCCAAGAGAACAUCACAGCCGCACAGCGGCAGGAAACCCUUGACAUUAACUAUCGUGGCACUCUCAAUAUUUGUCAAGCUUUCCUACCAAUAAUGCGCAAGGGUGGCCGUAUCGUCAAUAUUUCUUCCCAGUCCGGCCAGCUCAAAUACUUCCAUCCUCGCUUGCAGGCGCGAUUUCUGCGCCCCGAUCUCAAUCUCUCUGAGCUGGAUGAUCUAGUUGAUGAGUAUCUCCGCUCAGCCGAACGGCACAAUGCGAGCGCUUCGGGCUGGCCCCCUCUUGCUUACUUCACCAGCAAAGCCGCUCUAAACUCCGCCACACGAAUUUUGGCCCGCGAAAAUCCUCAUCUAUUGAUCAACUGUUGCUGCCCUGGGUGGGUGGGUACGUCAUUGGGUGCGCAGGCGGGCCAGCCACCAAAAUCUGUUGAACAGGGAGCGAGAAUUCCACUGCGACUGGCGAUUGGGGAAAUCGAGCAAAUCAGUGGGCGGUACUGGGCGAAUGAUUCGGUGGCGAGUGCGGGCUAUGGGAAGGUCCAGGAUUGGUAG